AUGGAUUCUCAGUUUAAGGCUUUCCUUGAUUCUACUCAAUUUCUAUGGAAAGGGAAAAUGCUUGCAAGCAAGCCUGCUGGAAUCUUCUACGCUACCAGUUCCCAAGGCGGUGGACAAGAGACAGCAGCAGAGUGGUGUCAAUCCCUUAUAUGGUUGGGUUUAGAUCUUAUUGAUGUUUGUGUCUCCCCGGCUCGUGAUUGUGGUUGGUUGGAAAUGCGUCUUAUAUGGUUGGGUUUAGAUCUUAUUGGUGUUUGUGUCUCCCCGGCUCGCGAGCUGAAAGGUGGAAGUCCUUAUGGUGCGGGGACUUGCACUGAUGAUGGCUCUAGAAACCCAAUUGGGCUUGAGUUGGAGCAAGCAUUCCACAAGGGAAACAUAUUGUCAACAUUGCAAGCAGCUCAAGGAAGAUAUUCACCCAAUUUUUAA